AUGAAUGAGGAGAAGGCCGUGUCACAGCCCAAUGGCCACCGCAGCGUUGGGUACGCGACAAAAUUCGAUCAAAAGGCAGAGUCCUUCCAAGCCAAAGCGGAGAAGCACGGCAAAGGAAAGAAAAAGGAUGAUGGUGCACAACCUGCCGGAGGCUUCGAUGACACUGCCAUUCCUCGAGCUCCUCCAGGCUUCAAUGUCAAAUUCACUUUCCACCGAGCCUCGAAGCUCCCAAUGGCUGACAUUAACACCAUGUCCUCGGAUCCGUACGUGCUUGCUACUUUGACCACGAGCCUGCCGCCGAGACACAAACAAGACCCCCCCAUGACAUUCCGUACGCCUACUGUUAGAAGGAACUGUGAUCCGGUAUGGAAUUCAGAAUGGAUUGUGGCUAAUGUUCCGGCGAAUGGCUUUGCGCUCAAAGCGCGAAUCUACGACGAGGACCCCGCCGACCAUGAUGACCGCCUAGGCAAUGUGCACGUGUAUGUUGAUAGUCUGACCAAUAACUUCGGAGGCAUACGAGAACAGUCUUACAAGAUCAAGAAGCGAAUGGGGAGCAAGCGCGCCUACUUCAUACGAGGUUGCGCUGCCAUGUUCAAUCGAGGCGUUCAUAUGUCCGGCGAACUGUUCAUUAGCGUGGAAGUGCUUGGGAAGACAGAUACCGAUAAUGGUGGUAGACUCUGGACUGUUGGCCCUUGCAACUGGAGCCAGCAUCUCAGUCCCAUGGUUGGCAGGCUGGCGGGUACAAAAGAGCCAGGCAAAGAUGGGAAGACAGAGAAAUACGCCUUCCAAGCCAACCAGAUUCAGCUUGCCGGCCCUGUCCCUGCAUCCCUCUACCAUCGUUAUGUAGAAUUCAGACCGUUCGUCAAAGGCAUGUUUACAUCGACCUCUCUACGCGGCCGCGUCCUCCACCACGCCCUACACCACCAACAUAACCGUAUCUACAAUUACGACCGUGACACCAUAUAUGGCUCCUUGCCUUCUCCCUCCCGGGACUUGACCUUACAAUUCCUCGACCUCGUUCACCACGACAAAGGCGGCAGAAUUUAUACCUAUGUGCUGACAUUAGACGGGAUAUGGCGCUUCACAGAGACGGGCAAAGAAUUUGGAAUCGAUCUGCUGAGCAAGCAUACUAUGCAUAGUGACGUGAACAUCUAUAUUGCCUUCUCUGGCGAAUUCUUCAUCCGGCGGCUCAAGACGCCGCACAAGGAAGGGUCUCCUGACGACCAACCCACACACCCUCCAAGUGACAUAGGGGACGGACCCCCGCAAGACGAGCCGCCCAAGGAUCCAGCCUACUAUUCACUCAUCAUCGACAAUGACAGCGGCACAUAUCGGCCCAACGCGAAAUUACUUCCUCAGCUGAAAGAAUUCUUGCAGAAAAAUCUUCCCGGCAUCAAGAUCGUGACGUUAGAUUGCAACGGCGAUAAAGAGAAGAUGGACAAGUGGAAGAAUGAACAAAGAGAACGAAAGAAGGCGGAGGGAAAGCAUACUGCCGUUGUACAGGGUGAUAGUAGCAGUUUGAGUAGCAGUGACGAGGAGGAUUUGGACCAGCAAGAAGGAAUGGCUAAGGGCGAAGGGAAACGGAGUACCAAGGAUAAGGUGAAAGAAAAGGUAGAGGAACCGUUGCAAAAGGUAGAGAACAUAAGGAAGGGUGACCGGGAGAGGGAGGAAAGGGAGACUGAAGAUGACAUGGCCGAGUCGAGUCAAUGA